UAGUCCUAUAUGGAUGAGUGAUCUUGAAUGUACCGGACAAGAGGAUAAUCCAUUCACUUGUUCACAAAAAGUAAUGAAACAUCAUACAAACUGUGAUCAUAAUCAAGAUGUGGCCAUUAGGUGUUCCAAGGCUGCUCGUUUGAUUGGUGGUAAUGAUAACAGUGGACGUCUGGAGGUGUAUCAUGAGGGGAAAUGGGGCUCUGCAUGUAGUCACAAGUUUGGAUAUCCUGAGGCUAAUGUAGCUUGUCGUAUGAUGGGUUACUCUAGUGCUGUACAAGUAUUUACUAAUGAAGAGAGUGCAUAUGAUGAUGAUACAGUUGAUAAUAAGAUAGUUGUAUCACAGUUAAAAUGUGAUGGAACAGAGAAUCAUCUCUCUGACUGUGACUAUAUUCCUUUUGCUACAGAUUGCCCAGAAGGAAAGGCUGUUCAUUUGGAAUGCAAAUACUGAUAUCUUUUUAGGCCAGAGAAGUAAAAGAUAGCAAAAUAUUGUAGUGCAUUGAACGAUAACUCAUAGCAAUAUUGAUUAAUUACAUUAGUAAAAGUUACUUUAAUUUAUUAGUAUUAUAAUUAAUAUGGCACUGGCCCAAUCAAUGGUA